CAUUCUAUUUUUCUUAGCUUCACAAUUCAUGAUGGAUUUUCAUUAGGCUGUGGUCAGCUGAUGUUUAAAAAACAUGUCAGAGGAUUACUAGACUUAUAUAGGUCAGUGGGGCUAACACGGUUGCAUCUGAUUUUGAUUUUGCAGCAGAACACAAACGCGCUAUACAAUAACAGAGUCAAAAGUCAGACAGUGCCAGGACAAGACAAAAGACAAUGGGCAUAAAUGAAUUCAGCCUGAGAUCUUCUUUUCCUUAAAAUAUAUGGUUAAGUAGAUCUUUCUUUGUCAGUAUUUAAGGUUUCUUGCUGAUCAUUACAGUGGUGUUGAAUGCAGUUAGCAUCUUGUGCUGACAGCAGGGAAGAUAAUGAUCACUCAGGGCACCGCCAGACCAAAAUUAAUUCACACUGUCAUUCUACUGAAUCAUUGAAACAAAACUCUGACUCUGCCAUCUGACAGAAAUGGCUCUGCAGGGAAAUUGAAUCUGCCCUCUGCCUUUUCAGAGUCAGGACACAAAGUUAUAGAUUGUAGGUGAAAAGUUAUAGCCAAUUUUACAACUUCAUUGCCAUGACGACAUAACACAGUUAAAACUAUGAUUUAAACAAAUUUACAGUGCAAAUAAUACAUGAGUAGUUUUAACAGAGGAAUUAAUGUAAGUGCUUUUAUAAAAUUAUAAGCUUCACAUUUCUGCCUUUAAACCCUCCAAAAAUUGGCCCCCAUUCACUUCCAUUGUAAAUUCCUCACUGUAAUUUUGAUUUUUGCUUGUUUUAAAGAAUAGGAGGGUCAAGUCGAAAAUAAUAUUUGUUGUAAUCAACAUUAUACCACAAAUUCUGUCGAUUGAGCUUAACUUGUAUUUAACCUGGAAUAUUCCUUUAAGAUAGGGAAAUGUGUCCCAGGUUGACAAUACAAGUGUCCCACUUUACCAGUAUUGAUUGAAAAAUAAAUUGGAUUCUUCUUCCCAGUUUUUAAUAUUUCUUAAUUUUUGCUCUUGACUAAGGUAGGAGAUGUCCUAAGCUUUCUAUAAAGGUAUAAUGUCAGGUCAUAUGGCAUUUUGAUCAUAAUUAAAAGUGCUAGAAAAUGUAUAAAAUUCCAAAAGUGUCCCACAUAGGCCUGAAUUUCACCUAAAAUCUUGAUGUUUAAAAAAAAAAAAAGUUUAACCAAAAUAAUAAUUGACAACACACAAAUUGUCAAUCAUGUUUGUGCAAUCAGAACUGACAUACGUCAUUUGAACAGUCGCCAGACAAAUGUCAACAUAACUGUUUUUAAGGGCGGGGCUAAUGAUUUUCAUCCAGUCACUGUCGCCGCUGGGAGGAGCCGUUUACAGUGGCCGCUUUUGAGAAGAGUUUAAUCCUCAUCCUGUUACGCUGGAUACUCGCUGAUUUGUAUAGUAUAUCGAGCAACCUAAUGCUGUGGUUUAGUUUAUAGAUCUGGGAGUGUGCGCGCACACACAUGGUUUGCUCGCUCGCGAGUAGACAGCGGAUAGCAAUGAUAUUAUUGGGCGGUGGACAUAGAAUAUGACCUUUUGUGAGAACGACGAGCGCUUGGAAUUUCCGUGCUUAUCGUUAAAUAAAGCCUCUUUUUACACUAUUUUUAUUUUGAUUUAACAAGUCUCGGUCGCACGCGCAGUUUGGAUUUUCUCUCCAGAAUGGAUCGUGUGAAGAGUUCCAUGCAGCAAGUCCCGAACCCGAUUCCCAAAGUGCUCAGCCGCCGGACUGGAGGUGCCAAUAGUUUGGAAGUUGAAAAGGAAAACUUCGAGCGCAGUCAGGCAGUGAGCAUCAACAAGGCCAUCAACACACAGGAGGUUGCUGUCAAAGAGAAACAUGCCAGGACUUGCAUAUUGGGAACGCAUCAUGAGAAGGGGGCUCACACCUUCUGGCUUGCUGUCAACCGCCUGCCCCUCUCCAGCAAUGCAGUACUCUGCUGGAAAUUUUGCCAUGUCUUCCACAAACUGCUGAGGGACGGCCAUCCAAACGUCAUUAAAGACUCCAUGCGGCACAAAGCUGACUUAAACGACAUGAGCAGGAUGUGGGGUCAUUUGAGUGAAGGCUACGGGAAGUUGUGCAGCAUCUACCUCAAACUGCUCAUCACCAAAAUGGAGUUUCACAUCAAAAAUCCCCGUUUCCCUGGCAACCUACAGAUGUCAAACAGGCAGCUUGAUGAGGCUGGCGAGAACGACGUCAAUAAUUUCUUCCAGCUGACGGUGGAGAUGUUUGAUUACCUGGAGUGUGAGCUGAAUCUUUUCCUGGGUGUGUUCAGCUCGUUGGAUAUGUCUCGUUCAGUGUCGGUGACGGCAGCGGGUCAGUGUCGUCUGGCUCCUAUGAUUCAGGUCAUCCUGGACUGCAGUCAUCUGUACGACUACACUGUCAAACUGCUCUUCAAACUCCACUCCUGUCUGCCAGCAGAUACUCUGCAGGGCCACAGGGAUCGCUUCCAGGAGCAGUUUAAGAAAGUGAAGAGUCUGUUCUAUCGCUCAAGUAACCUGCAGUAUUUCAAGAGACUGAUUCAGAUCCCACAGCUUCCUGAGAAUCCUCCAAACUUCCUGCGGGCAUCCGCUCUGUCCGAGCACAUCAGUCCAGUAGUGGUGAUUCCAGUGGAGUCGUCAUCCCCUGAGAGUGAACAUGUGGUAGAGACAGAAGAUCUGGUGGACACGGACAUCCCACCUUUACCGAGCACUGUGGAAAGUAAAUUCGAUGACCUAUUCGGCACCUCUGCCGCCACAGACCCAUUCAACUUCAACAGUCAGAACGGCAUGCGCAAAGACGAGAAAGACCGCUUGAUUGAGCAGCUCACAGCGGAGCUACAGGCCCUGAAAAAGGAGCUGGAGUCCUUCAGACUGGAGAGUGGGCGCCUUUGUCAAGCACUACGGGGACGUGUGAAUGAGCUGGAGGCGGAGCUAGCAGAGCAGACUCACCUAAAGCAGCAGGCGCUGGGAGAGAGUGAGUUCCUGAGGGCAGAGCUAGACGACCUGCGCAGGGUCAAAGAGGACACAGAAAAAGAGCAGCGCAGCUUGAGCGACAUCGAGAGAAAAGCCCAGGCAAAUGAACAACGCUACACAAAACUAAAGGAGAAAUACACAGAACUGGUCCAGAGCCACGCUGACCUGCUGAGGAAGAAUGCGGAGGUGACGCGGCAGAUGACCGUAGCCCGUGCCGCUCAGGAUGAGGUGGAGACUGUGAAGAAAGAGAUGCAGGACCGAUUGAAAGCUGCUCAGGAAUCCACAAGUCAGCAGGAGAAGGUACAGUUAGAGCAGCUUCAAGCUCUUCAAGCCGAGCUCAUGUCCAGCAGAACAGAACUAGAGACCCUGAAGAGUACAGUCACCUCCUCCCAACAGUCAAAUGAGCAGCUCAGUACUCGGCUUUCUGCUCUAGAGGCUGAGAAGGCAGGGCUUAUGGAGACUGUAUCUCAGAAGGAGAUGGAGCUUGCAGGUUUGGGGGUGGAGUUAGAGCGUGUGCAGAGCAGUCUGACCACUGAGAGGGAGAGCGGUGUGAAAGCUGCUGAAGCCCUGCAGAACCAACUCAAUGAGAAGGAGAGCCAUGAACAGGCACUGGAGAGUGAGCUGGUCUCUCUGCGCUGGGCGGCUCUACGUGGAGCUCUGGAGGAGGCGGAGAGGAUCGUACAGGACAGUCUGUGUCAGCUUGAGGACCCCGCACACAUCAGCUGUACCAGCUCCGCCGAUUACCUGGUGUCCAGGUGCCAGGUAGCCCUUGAUUGUGUGGAGCGGUUGCAGUCGGCCAGAGACAAUUUUGUAUCAGAUAACACAGAUGUGUCUGGGCUGGUGCGGGCAGUGACUCAGUUUGCCCACCUGGUGGGCGAUGUCAUUGUGCAAGGCAGCGCCACCUCCCACAUGGUGCCAGUGGAACAAGCUGAUGCAUUGGCAGACAGCAUUAAGGAGUGUGGCGCGGAGGCUCUGGCAUUGCUCUGUUUGCUCAAAGAGCAGAAGUCUAUGGGGACGGCAGACUGCAGCCGACUGAGGGCGGCACUGGAUACAGUAAUGGCCUUGGGAGAGAAUUUGCGUCCACGUGGUCUGGAGCUGCAGCAAGGGGAGCUGGGAGAUCUGGUUGAACAGGAGAUGGCGGCCACAUCAGCAGCUGUGGAGUCGGCUGCGGCCAGGAUUGAGGAAAUGCUCAAUAAGUCCAGGGCGGUUGAUACUGGAAUCAAAAUGGAAGUCAAUGAAAGGAUCUUGGCGUCCUGCACAGAUCUCAUGCAGGCCAUCAGAGUGCUGGUGCUGUCCUCCAAAGACCUGCAGAGGGAUAUAGUGGAGAGCGGCAGGGGGGCAGCAUCUAUGAAAGAGUUCUAUGCCAAGAACUCUCGAUGGACAGAAGGUCUCAUUUCUGCUUCCAAGGCUGUGGGCUGGGGUGCCACUAUGUUGGUUGAUGCAGCUGAUCAGGUGGUGCAGGGCAAGGGCAAGUUCGAGGAGCUGAUGGUUUGUUCGCACGAGAUCGCCGCCAGCACAGCCCAGCUAGUAGCAGCAUCUAAGGUGAAAGCAGACAAGGACAGUGCAAACCUUACCCGUCUGCGUCAGGCCUCCAAAGGGGUCACCCAGGCAACCGCAGGUGUCGUGGCAUCAACCAAGUCCGGCAAGUCUCAGAUUGAGGAUACAGAUACUAUGGACUUUUCUGCUACAACACUCACUCAGAUUAAGAGACAAGAGAUGGAUGCACAGGUUCUGGUCUUGGAGCUGGAGACCCGGCUGCAGAAAGAGAGGGAGCGACUUGGUGAAUUGAGGAAGAAGCAUUACGAGCUCGCUGGUGUGGCAGAGGGCUGGGGAGGGGAAGAGGAAGGUAAGACCACCAACAUCACCAACUACACCCAACAACUGUCUGUCAACAGAACCAUCAGUUUAUUUAGAAGAAAACCUAUGCACUCAACUGUAUUUACAUAUGCACACUAAUUAACCUCUUCAACUCUGGGGCAUUUUUGGGAUACCGCCUUCAAGUUUAUUUUUUUUGACACUCAAAUUUAAAAGCUCACCAUUUACACGUACUGUGAACUAAUUGCCAAAAAACUUAAAAAAUGUUUAAUUAAAAAUUGAAAGAACUAAAAAUAAUAAUAAUUUCCCCCCUAAUUUUGUAAGCAUGUAGUUCUGGUUCUGUUCACUGCAUCUCCCUCCAAAAUAUCUUAUUUUAUGCUACUAGUUAGUAGCAAGUACUAGAAUUUUUUUUUCCUCUAUCACUUUCCAUAAAAAAAAAAUGCCAAUCUUAAAUGUAGGUGGCACUCUAAUGCAUUUUAGCCCUCACAUAUGUGCUCGUCCAUAGACAUUCAGGCUAAUUUUCAGUUCAUGCACCACCCUCAAUAUUUCAUAGAAUAUCUCAGCCUCUGAGUGGACUAGAAGCUCAAUCUAAGUGUUUUUAGCAAGAUG